AUGGCUAACAGGAAGAUGUUAGCGGUGCUUGCACUCCUGCAGGUCCUGUCCCUCCACGUCCAUGGCGUCUCUGCGGCCGGCAAGCCGAAGCACAGGGCCGGCACCUGCCACAUCAGCGGCUUCCUCCACGGCAAGGCCGGCAAGUGCAACAAGAAGAACGGCUCCGACUGCUGCGUCGAGGGCCACAAGUACCCGCAGUUCAGGUGCUCGCCCCCGGUGUCCGCCAAGACGCCGGCGACCCUGACACUGAACAGCUUCGCUAAGGGGGCCGACGGCGGGGGGCCAUCGUUCUGCGACAACCGGUUCCACAAGGACAGCGAGCUAGUGGUCGCGCUGUCCUCCGGGUGGCUGCGGCUCGACGGCACGCGCCGGUGCGGCAAGAUGGUCCGCGUCCACGGGAACGGGAGGUCCGUGCUGGCGAAGGUCGUCGACGAGUGCGACUCGGUGAGCGGCUGUGAUACGGAGCACAACUUCGAGCCGCCGUGCCCCAACAACAUCGUGGACGGGUCGCCGGCGGUGUGGAAGGCGCUGGGCCUGAAGGAGAGCAUCGGAGAGUUCAAGGUUACUUGGUCCGAUGUCUGCCGUGCCAGCGGCUACCUCCCUGGCAGGUCCGGCAACUGCGAGAAGAGCAACGACCCGGACUGCUGCGUCGACGGCAAGAAGUACCCUCAGUACCACUGCUCCCCACCGGUGACAUCAAGCACCGGAGCCGUGCUGACGCUGAACAGCUUCGAGAAGGGCAAGGACGGCGGCGGCCCGUCGGAGUGCGACAACUCCUACCACAGCGACGGGGAGAUGGUCGUCGCCCUGUCCACUGGCUGGUUCAACAACAUGGCUCGUUGUGGACACCGCAUCAAGGUGACUGCAAAUGGUAACUCCGUGUACGCCAAGGUCGUGGAUGAGUGCGACUCCGUGCAUGGCUGUGAUGACGAGCACAACUACGAGGCUCCCUGCGACAACAACAUCGUUGAUGCUUCACCGGCAGUGUGGGACGCCCUGGGGCUUGACCAGAGCAUUGGUGAGCAGGACAUCACCUGGUCUGAUGAGUGA